AUGUUGCUGCUCUUGAUCAAUGGCGUGAUGGUGCAGAAGGUGAUUGCCACCACCUUCCCUGAGUUCACAUACAACGGGUUCACCGGCAGGAACCUCCUCCUCGACGGCGCCGCCUCCGUGGGAGAAGAUGGGAUCCUCACCCUCACAAAUGGCACCACGGGCGUCCAGCAGCAGGGACGCUGCUUCUAUCCCUACCCCAUCCACCUGCAGUACGCCGGCGGCCAGAGCCGCUCCUUCACCUCCACCUUCGUCUUCGCCAUCGCAUGCUCCGGCAGCGGCUGCGGAGACGGGAUGACGUUUGUCAUCUCCUCCGCCGCCGACUUCCGGGCCGCCUCUUCGCCGGCGUACCUGGGCCUUGCCGACCCACAUGAUGCCCUCUCGAACCCUUUGGUCGCCGUGGAGCUCGACACUGUCGCGGACCCGGAGCUCAUGGACAGGAACGGCAACCACGUCGGCGUUGAUGUCAACAGCCUAACGUCCAACCUGUCUAGACCUGCAGGGUAUAUUUACCGCGACGAUGGCGCCGCCACCAACUUUAGCUUCCAGGCGCUCAAUCUCUCCAGCGGCGACCCGAUGCAGCUGUGGGUGAACUACGACGCCGAGACGACGCAGCUGGAUGUCACGCUCGCUCUCGUCCCCAUGUUCAAGCCGUCGACGCCGCUGUUUUCUUACAACGUCAGCCUCGCGCGGUUGCUGGUGACCGGCGAUUCUCCCAUGACCAAAGCGUACUUCGGGUUCACCGCUUCGACGGGUGAGAGCGGCGGCACCAGCCAUCAGGUUCUUGGCUGGAGCUUUGGCCUGGGUGGAUCGCCACUCAACUACACGUUGCUGCCACUGAAGCGAGCUCAUCAGGAUCAGGGUGGCGGCGGCGGACGAGCACGGGGUGACCGGAGAAGCUUCAUCGCGUGGCUUUCCGCGGCUGCAUCCGUUCUUGCCGUGCUUUCAGCGGUGGCGGCGGGCCUCGCGAUCCGGUGGUGGAAGAGGAGAGCGGGGAGGCGGGAAAACUGGGAGGCGGAGCUGGAGCUUGGGCCCCGCCGCUUCGCUUACAGGGACCUCCGGCGCGCCACCGACGGGUUCACCCGAUUGCUGGGGAAGGGUGGGUUUGGCCGCGUCUACGGCGGCGUGCUCGCAUCCGACAUGCCCGUCGCGGUCAAGCGUGUGUCGCCGGAUUCCAGGCAGGGGAUGGCGCAGUUCACGGCCGAACUCAUCAUCCUCGGCGGCCUGCGCCACCGCAACCUCGUCCGGCUGCUCGGCUACUGCCGCCACAAGGAGGAGCUGCUCCUCGUGUACGAGCACAUGCCCAAUGGCAGCCUGGACAGGUACUUGCACGGCGGCCAGUACACCACGCGGCCGCUCGUCUGGUCGCAGAGGCUUCACGUCGUCAAGUGCGUCGCGGCCGGCUUGCUGUACCUGCACGACGACUGGGAGCAGGUCAUCGUGCACCGCGACGUCAAGGCCAGCAACGUGCUGCUCGACGCCGAGAUGAACGGCCGCCUGGGAGACUUCGGCCUCGCGAGGCUGCACGACCACGGCGCCGAGGCGCUGCACACCACGCACGUCGCCGGCACCAGGGGAUACCUCGCGCCGGAGCUGCUCAGGUUCCGCAAGGCCACCAAGGCCACCGACGUGUUCGCCUUCGGCGCUUUCGUCCUCGAGGUGGCCUGCGGGAGGCGGCCGGUGGGUCUCAACGCCCGCGGCGUGCUGCUCGUGCUUGUCGAGUGGGUGCGCCACAUUUGGUCGUCGGGCGGCUCCGUCGUCGACGCCAUGGACCCGAGGCUGGAAGAUUACGCCGCCGACGAGGCGGAGCUGGUGGUGAAGCUCGGGCUGCUGUGCUCGCACCCGCUGCCCGUGGCGAGGCCCGGAAUGCGCCUCGUAAUGCAGUACCUCGACGGUGACCUGCCGCUGCCGGAGUUCUCGCCGGAUUAUCUCUGCAUCACAGACGUCGACCAGGUCCUCAUUGAUGAGUCGUCGUCUUCGGUGGCGACCACGAUCACAGGUCUGUCCGGAGGAGGAGGCCACGGGCCAUUUCAUUUAUUUUCCUGGGCCGAAGCGGAGUUUCAUGCACAGUGGGCCUCCCCUGGCCGUGGCGCCCUCCACUCCAAUCAGCCUCUUCUCCCCUUCUCUUGCCGUGUGCGCGCCUCGCCAUGGACCGAGUCCAUGGUCCAGGUCCACUGUGGACUUGGCCAAUGA